GUUAUGACGUUAUUUUACUUAUCAAACGUCCCGUGUUUUUGUUACGCAAUUUGUCAUUUUAACCAUUAGUCACAUAUAUAACGAAAUAGAGGUAAAAUAACGUAGUCAAACGUUUCACUUCAACUUUAAGUUGCAGUUUAUGAACAAGGUCUAAAUUAGUAACAGUUCUUUUUGUCGUGAAUUGUGAAAGUAUUUGUGUGUUACAUUCUGUCUGAAAGCUACAGAAAUUCUCUUCAGUGAGAAGCAUCAGAUAAUUUGAGAAAAACAAAAGGACCAUGUCACUAUAUCCGUCAUUAGAAGAUAUGAAGGUAGACCACAUGUUGAAGGCCCAAGCUCAGUCUGUGCCUUCUCAGCAACAUGUGGAAAGUGCUCAAGAAGCCCUUCCUUAUCCUGUUCAGCCAUCUUUAGCCCCAGCUUUGCUAGAUAAGUACUCAUCUCUCUACCCUGCCUUGGAUGAGUACAUGGGGCUCUCCCUGAGUCCAGAAGCUAUGGCAGAACAUAUGCCAAAUGCUGUUGAUCUUCUCCCACCAAGGCAAGUAGCUAUACCAAAUGCUUCUUCUUCACAGAUGGUAGCACCCAUAUCUGGAUCAUCUCUUGGAUUGAAACGAGCCGAAAUAACCCAUGGAAUUCGAGAAGUAACCUUAUGUAAAGAUAAUAAUGGAAAAAUAGGCUUACGUCUCCAUUCAGUCAACAAGGGAGUAUUUGUUGCUCUGGUCAAUGCUGGAUCUCCAGCUGCUCUGGCUGGUCUACGAUUUGGUGACCAGAUUUUAAUGAUUAAUGAUGAAGUUGUGGCAGGCUAUAGCAUGGAUAAAGUUCAUGGUUUACUGAAAAAGUCUCCUCCAGAGAAGAUAACUAUGGCUGUUCGAGAUAGGCCUUUUGAGCGUACGGUUACUGUGCAUAAGGAUAGUACAGGUCAUGUUGGAUUUGCUUUUAAGAAUGGGAAAAUAAUUGCUAUUGUCAAAGAUUCCUCUGCUGCUCGCAAUGGUCUUCUGACAGAGCACCACCUGCUGGAAGUAAAUGGCCAGAAUGUGGUUGGGCUGAAGGAUUCUGAAAUCACUCGAAUUAUUGAAGGAGGUGGAAAUGUGAUUACUGUAACCAUCAUGCCUUCCUAUAUUCAUGAUCAUGUCAUGAAGAGUAUGGCCAGUGGUCUCAAGAAGCUCAUGGAUCAUACUAUUCCAGAUGUGUAAGAAAGUUGAGUAGAAAGUUACCACAUUGAAUGGGAAUAAGAUGAAUGUUUGAUAAAUAUUUGCCAUGUGCUCUCAUGAUUCCUUAUUAUUAGAUACAUAAGAUUUUACAGAUGUGAAUGUUAAGUUUGAAUUUUUAUUUAAUGAAGUAGAUAUUUCUAACAUUUUGAGGUAAAGUUAUAUUUUUUGUGUUGAGCCUGCAAGUGAAUAAUUUACUUAUUACUAUUAAAAAAGAAAUUAUAAAAGAUGUUUUGUAGUACACUGUUCCAGAAUUAAAUGUUUGAUACUUUCUGUUGUAUUUCUUAUGAGUAUUUUUAAAGAAGAGUGGAUAAGUGCAUUUUUAUGAAGUGCAGUUUGAGUACAGUUAUUUUUCCAAGGUGUAAGGUAUAAAUGUAUUUCAACGUUGUGUGGUAAAUUACAGUAAAUAAUUAAGAUAUGUUAAUUAAAACUGUGAAGUAUAUGUAACAUUGUUUCAUGAAGUAAGCAGUAAGUACAUGCAUAUAACAUGCAUAUGUUUGGAAAAUUUGAUACUUGUCAUACUUAAACUUCACGUACACACAA